AUGCGUACGAAAAGAGAGUUUGAAGGUGAAGAUGAGGCAGGGGACUCAUCCCAAGUUGAAGGAGGAGAUUGGGAAGAUAUUCCAGACAAGGACGUUAGCCCAAAGCGGUUCGAAAAUUUUGACUCUUCCAGUACAACAAACACUUCUACAGAUGCCUCGAAGCCGAGGCGUCGUGCGGGCUCGAAACCCGUCUUUGCCGCUGAAACCCCUCGGCGCAAUCGCGCAGCACCUACACGGUUAAAGCGCAAGAGAAGCCCCAGCGUGGACAAAGAACACAUCGCAGACAAAGAGAACAUUGUUGAUAAAGAGCUUAUCAAGGAAGCGUUGUCAACUGGUGCCCACCACUCGAGCAUUUAUAUUCUCGACGUUGUCCUUCGAGCAGUGCGACUUAUGCGCAUACCAUUAUCAAUCAUGCUCUUCCUUUGGAUGUUGGCAUUUGUGAUGAUACGCCUUUCGGGUGCGCUGCGCACAGCGUUUUCCCCGAUGUGUUACCUUCCUAUGGUAUCGAGGUCGGCGCUGUGUGCUCCGCUGGACUUCAAUGCGUCGCAAAUCCCAAAAUGGGCGGAUUUUCCACAACUUAUGGAAGCCCAGGGCUCUACUUUUGAGCAGCUUUUAGCGGGGUCGGUCGGAGGCUCUGCACUUUCGAUUGAAAUUCGGAAGGCUGAAUUCGCAACCGCGGAUCUUACAACCCUUGUACGACAUAGCGACCUCAAGUCUAACGACAUCCUAGCUGAUUUGUUGGCAACUUUCGUGAAAGAUGCCAAGAAGACCUCUAAGAGUCUCACAAAGCUUAGUUCGAAAAUUGGUGGCGCCGUAGACAAUGUCAUGGCAGUGAACGGGUAUGCAAUGCGUACCAUACAAGAGGCAGAGAAGAACGCACCGUCACCGUAUUCUCUUACGGCCUUGAUUCCAUUCCAUUUUGGACCCACAACACAGGAGGCGAUAGUCGAUGCAUUCACGAGUGCGAUGGACACCUUCUCUAUAGUAAUCCAGCGACUUAUUCUGGAAGCGGAGAUAUCACUGCACAACUUGGAUGUACUCGAAGAAGAUCUUUCCGCUGUACGCGAAGUUGUGAUGCGCGAGGACAUUGACGUCACAACUGAGCAAUCCGAGCUUUUGGAAGCGCUGUGGACGAAACUGGGUGGAAACAGACGCGCAUUACGGAAUAAUGACAGACGUCUUGGUUUACUUAAAGACCUUGCUGACUAUCGGAGACAAGCACAGGCACAUGUUGUUGCCGCACUCCAGACACUCAACUCGAUGAGCGAGGACAUGGAGGAUUUACGAGAGAGGGUAGCGGCCCCUGAAUUGGUUGGUGGGCGUAUCCCACUCCACGUGCAUAUUGAGAGCAUUCAGAACGGACUCGAAAGGCUACAGGAGGGCCGUGUGAGAGCCAAAGAGAGGGAAGAAGAGGUGAUGAGAAAAGUGUUGGGACUCGGCACCGAUUGA